AUGCAGAUGGCGCUCGCAGCCGCCGACGUAUCGCCGGCGCGCCGCACCGCCGCCGCCGGUCUCCGCUCUAACGAUAUGGGCCCUCAGGGCGUCAAAAAGAAAUUCAAAGGACAAAAGAAGUUUUGUGCCCAAACAGACUUAAAUAUCUUGUUACAUUUUGGAUACAAGUUCAAUCUAAGGCAAUCGUCGCGUGAUGGCGCAUGGAUUGCUUGCGGACGGCGUGGUGCUGGUGCGCGGCGCUGGUGCUCGCGUCGCUGGCCGCCGCCGGCCCGCGCUACAGCAGCCGCAUCGUGCACACGCACGCAGGUACAACCUAGCACGAACGGACAUAUAUCCCGGACCGUGUUUGAUUACAGCCACGUAAGCAGGAAGUACACAGGAGCGAUCCGCGGUAUCAUAGUGGAGCCGGCCUCCCGGCGGCUGGAGCCGGUGGAGGUGUUCCUGGGGGUGCCGUACGCCGGGGCUCCAGCUCGCCUGGCGCCGCCGCCCCCCGCGCCCAGCUGGCCUGGCACUCGCCUCGCCGACGCCUUCGCCCCCGUCUGCCCGCAGCGGUACCCCGACAUAUCCAACAAGAGUGCGGCGCUGGCCAAGAUGCCGCUGGGCGUGUACAACGAGCUGAGAGCGACGGUGCCGCUCCUGGCCAACCAGAGCGAAGACUGCCUGUACCUCAACAUAUACGUGCCCGGUAGCGGCGCGCGCGGCGUGGAAGCGCCGUACGCGUUGGUGGUGUGGGCGGGCGGGCCGUCCCACGAGUGGGGCACCGCCAACGCACUCGACGGCGCCGUGCUCGCUGCGCGCGCGCAUCUGCUCGUCGUCACCAUCAACUAUAGGCUAGGAUUGUUAGGUUAUUUAACUCCGGGCGUGAGGUCCACUGCGGUGCAAGCAGCUGGGGGUGCUGCGGUGCUGGACGUGGCGGCAGCGCUGGGCUGGGUGCGGCGCAACGUGGCGGCCUUCGGGGGGGACCCGCGCCGGGUCACGCUGGCUGGCCACGCCGCGGGGGCUGCGCUCGUCAACGCGCUGCUCAUGCUGCCCGACAGUAAAGGGCUAGUGUCCCGGGUGCUCCUACUGAGCGGCUCCGCGCUGAGCCCCACGGCGCUGGCGCCCGACGCCGCACUGGCCAGGGAGCACACUGCACAAUCCCUGCGGUGUACGCCAGAAACCACCAAUGACGAGAACUGGUUCGUAGAAUGCAUCCGCGCCCGACCACUAGCGGCACUGUUGGCAGUGGAAGCUCCGAAGGCACGGUUCCUGGCUGGCUGGGCACCAUCAGUCCCCAUCUCCAGGGAAACUGCCUCGCAAGGGCAGGCUCCUACCAGAGCGCUGCAUGCCAGCGAGGCCUUCCUAGACUGUGCACUCGCGGUAGUGGUCGCUACCACUGAGAGCUACCAGUUUUUCAAUGAAGAAGACAUUCGACAUGGCUUUGAAGAAGAACAUAGGAACCGCAUCCUCCGCACAUACGUCCGCAACGUGUACCGCUACCACCGCAACGAGAUCUUCGCGGCCAUCCGGAACGAGUACACAGACUGGGAGAAGCCUAUCCAGCAUCCGAUCAACAUCAGGGACGCAACGCUGGAGUCUCUCAGCGAUGCCGCCGUCACUGCACCAGCUCUCAGGGUCGCGCAACUGCAUGCAAGGAGGGGAGCCAGAACUUACUUCGCGCAUUUUGCACACCAAAGCAAGGAUGCUGAUUACCCCCAACGGCUAGGUAGUGUUACGAGUGAAACCCUGCCUUACUUCCUGGGGCUGCCCCUGGUGGGUGGCAUGCAGUACGCGCCGCGGAACUAUUCGCGCGGGGAUGUAGCUGUGGCUGAGAUGUCCGUGUCCCUGCUUGCUGCCUUCGCCAAGACAGGGGACCCUACACCACGAGCCGAAGAGAGGCAUCACGACGGUGCUACUAGCUGGCCUAGAUACGAAAUGAAUACUCAACAGUACUUAAGUAUAGGGGAAAAUCAUCCAAUGACUUCUCCCGCCCAGGGUAAGGCGAGAGAGAGUGUCAGACUCUUACUGACCAAAAACCCCCCCGUUCCUUCUCCUGCUCUGGGCCGAGGUCGCGGUGCCUCAUUGCGCUUACCCCGCAGCCCCGGCUAA